CCUCCACGAAGUUCGUAUAACUCCACAUCGACGCCUCGAUCGGCAGCAUAGAGCGCAGCCAGAGACCCCACGGGGCCUGCCCCAACAAUGACUACCUUUUCCUUUGUUUCUGCCAUACUCGAUCCCGCGGCUGGAUGAAAAUGUGAGGUGUCAGAAAGGAAGGGCGCGAGUCUCAGCCGCUGGGGGAAUAUGACAAAUUAAUCCGAUCAACAGCGGAAUUAGUCAUCCCCGCUCCGCUUACCCAUGUCCUCCGCGCCCUGAAACCGGAGCUUAAAUAAAUCCUUGAUAUCAGGGGUUUUGAGAGGAGGUCGGAAAGGCGAGCCAUUUGCGGGUAGCAUUCACACGUGAGCUUGAGUCGCGGUUAUUUUUAGACUUCGGCGGCUAUCGCGGUUACUUUCGACUGGUGCUAAAGUUCCUCCUGGAAAAAAGAUUCCGGAGAGCACGAUCUUGCUACGACUCACUUAUUUUACUUGCUAAUUACUCGAUACUUUCAUUGUAAUAAUAUAUAUAUUUAUUCCAGACUAGCACCUCUACCUGUCUUGGUUUUGCUCCAUAUACCCCACCAAAAACCCUAGAAAUACGCCUCUUAACCGGGGCUGCCUAUCUCACACACGAGUUGCGAGACCCCGCCAGCCACUAUGGUGUCUGAGCAACUAGACUCGAAGAAGUGCAUAGGGGUAGAUUGCAGUAACAAUGCCGGCAGUCUACGGUGUCCAACAUGCCUGAAGAUUGGAAUCGAGAGCCAUUUCUGUUCGCAGGACUGUUUUAAGAAGAGUUGGAGCGAACAUAAAUCUAUUCACAAGAAGAGUAAUUUUCUAAGCAAUCUUUUUCCUCCCAAAAUAAUUUCUGAACCAGAUCCAGCUACCGGCCAUUUCAACCCGUUUCCAACCUACCCUUAUACCGGUUCCCUAAGGCCCGUUUACCCUCUUGCCCCCAAAAAUACUGUCCCCGACUCAAUCCCACACCCUGAUUAUGCCAGCGACGGCAUUCCACGUUCAGAACAGAAGUUCGCUAGUCGACAUAACGUUACGAUCCUCACUCCGAAGGAGCAAGAGGCGAUGAGGAAAGUGUGCCGCCUGGCGAGAGAAGUAUUAGAUAUUGCUGCGCGCGAAGUCAAACCUGGUGUUACGACCGACCACAUUGAUAAGGUUGUACACCAGGCUUGCUUGGAACGAAAGUCCUACCCCUCGCCACUAAACUACGUACAUUUUCCCAAAUCCGUUUGCACAUCGGUCAACGAGGUUAUCUGCCAUGGUAUCCCUGACCACCGCCCAUUGGAAGACGGGGAUAUCAUAAAUAUUGACGUCACCCUAUACCAUGAGGGCUUCCACGGUGACCUGAAUGAGACUUAUUACGUCGGAGAAAAAGCUCGCACGAACCCCGACUUAGUCCGGGUGGUAGAAACCGCAAGAGAAUGUCUAGACAAGUCUAUUGAACUGGUGAAGCCGGGCAUGCUAUUCCGAGACCCAGGUAAUGUAAUUGAGAAGCAUGCAAAGAGCAACAACUGCAGUGUUGUUCGGAGUUAUUGCGGGCAUGGCAUCAACCAGCUUUUCCACACAGCUCCAAGUAUUCCGCACUAUGGGAAGAGUAAGACGGUUGGACAAGCAAAGGCCGGAAUGUGUUUUACAAUUGAGCCUAUGAUUAACUUGGGAACGUAUCGAGACAAGACCUGGCCCGAUAACUGGACAAGCGUUACUGCGGAUGGGCGCCAGUCGGCUCAAUUCGAGCACACGUUGCUCGUGACCGAGGAUGGGGUUGAAGUGCUUACGGCGAGAUUGCCGGACUCUCCCGGCGGUGCUAUUCCUAGACCUGUUGUUGACGGAGAGAGUACAUCAUGAUAGGUUCCCAAAAUUGCGUUAUUUCGUCGUCAUAUCCGGUUUUAGAAAUGCUAUGCGGCCAUGUAUGAUUUUGUACAACCAUUUCCAUUCUCUUUCUUUUAAUCCCUAGACCACUUGGCUUGAUUUGAAAUUCGGUAAACUACAUGAAACAUGGCGAUCAAGUAUAAGGGCCUGUUCGGUGCGGCCGUGUGUACUCAUUCUUUUUGUACAGAUCUCCACUUUUUUUAAAAAGUACAGCCCCAAUAUAACAACUGUUCGGUGAGUAGAGCAGCUGUACUCAUAUUACAGCUGCUUUUUGCAAAGUAUGAAUGAAAAAGAUCAGAUGUUCAGUGAAUUGAGCAGCUGUACUUGCAUCUUUCAUCAAGAUCUUAUGAAUAAACAGUAUUUAAUUUCAAUAAU